AUGAAGGGCUUCGGAUCCUUCUUUGCGGCCUUCUCGCUCCUGGCUGUUGUGCAGGCUAGCAAUGUUCUCGAUCUCACUCCUAAAAAUUUCGAUAAAGAGAUUCUGCAGAGCGGGAAGCCGGCGUUGGUGGAGUUCUUUGCACCAUGGUGCGGCCACUGCAAGACCCUCGCCCCCAUCUAUGAGCAGCUCGCCGACUCCUUCGCCAGCCAGAAGGACAAGAUCACAAUUGCCAAAGUUGAUGCAGACAACCACAAAUCCCUGGGACAGCGCUUUGGCGUGAAGGGUUUCCCAACGCUGAAAUGGUUCGAUGGAAAGAGCGACCAGCCAAUCCCGUACGAGAGCAAGCGCGACCUCGAGUCACUACAGACCUUCAUCUCAGAACAGAUGGGUGUCAAGCCGAAGAUUAAGAAGGAGGCCCCAAGUGAUGUUAAGACUGUUACGGAUACAAACUUCAGCGAGGUUGUGUUGGAUGAGUCUAAGGAUGUUUUGGUCAAGUUCUAUGCUCCAUGGUGCGGUCACUGCAAAGCUCUUGCUCCUACCUGGGAGACUCUCGCUACAAACUUCAAGGAGGACUCCAACGUUGUCAUUGCAAAGAUCAACUGCGACUCGCCCAGCGGUAAGGCCAGCGCCGAGAAAUACGGUGUCAGCAGCUACCCCACCCUCAAGUGGUUCCCCAAGGGUUCCACUGAGCCCGUCGACUACGAGUAUGGCCGCACCGAGGAGCACCUCACCGAGUUCAUCAACGACCACGCUGGUACCCACCGUGCUGUUGGCGGUGGUCUCAAGGAAACUGCCGGCCGUGUCAAGGCUCUUGAUGAGAUUGUUGCCAAGAUUGUCAAAGGCAAGGAGGCCAGCUUCGUCAAGGAGGUUGAGGCCGCUGUCAAGGGACUGGAGGACAAGUAUGCUUCAUACUAUGCCCGUGUUCUUGCCAAGGUUUCAAAGAACGCCGACUAUGUCGAGAAGGAGUUGAACAGGCUCCAGGGAAUGAUCACCAAGAAUGGAUUGAUCCCAUCCAAGCGCGAUGACUUGACUAUCCGCCAGAACAUCCUCAAACAGUUCUACCUCAACGCCACCCCCGAGGUUGCCGAAGUUGUAACACCUGAGGAGGAAGCCGAGGUUCCCGUCAAGGACGAGUUGUAA